AUGGACUUGGAGGUUAAAGGAGUUGCUGCUUCUCCUACAACUCAAACUCAGCCAUUCUCUGGAAGAAGGAAGCCACUACAACAAAGAUGGACCUCCAAAUCACGUGCUAUGGAGGAUCCUUGCCUACCUGUGGUCCCACAACUUGAUCUGGGAAGCCUUGUUGACUCUGACGAUGAGGAUGAUUUACCAUAUAGGCCACUUAGUACAGCACAUAUUCAUUUUAACCCAACAAAUUCCUCUUUUGCUUUUGCUUGGGUAACACCAUGUCACACACCGUACACCAGCAUCACCUAUAUGACCUGGUUCCAUACUUUUUCUUUUUACUUCUUGGAGCAGGACAUAAUACCUGAAAAUUUGCUAGCACCAACAGACAAAUAUAAAGUAAAACAUCAGCAAUACAAAAUUGAAAUGAAAGGGGGAUACAAACAACACAGUCAGAGAAAUGCAGAAAAGGCAAAGUCAAGUAUCACACAUCAACAGACUCCAAGAAACAAGACAGAUGACAAGUGUGUACAAGGUGCAGAAGCCAUCACAGAUGAUCUGACAACUUUGGACAGGAAAGCCCUCCUACAGCUGGGUUAUGCAGACAACCCUCACAUCCUCCAACGGAGUACAGGAAAAUCUGAUGCUGAAUUUGUGGCUGCAGAGAGGAAGAAACAGAUGGUUGCAGAGCAAGUGAUGAUAGACCACUUAUCCAGGGCUGUAAUCAGUGAUCCAGAGCAAAAUUUAACCUCUGAGAAGCAAGAAAUUGCUCAUAUCCUUCCAGAUUCAAAGCUGGCACCUAUUCGAUUUAGGAAAAGAACACUACAUGAAACGAAGGUAAGGACCCAGUCUACAUUAACUGAAAAUAUCCUUUCUCAUAAAGUGCAGUUUGAUGGUAGGAUCAUAUCAAGAAAUGGACGUGAUGCUUGCAGAGAGCUGGUCGGAUUCUUUUUCACUCAUGACCAGUCCCUUACAAUUUAUGAGUAUCGGCAAUUUGGGAAAAACAGAACAAAUGUGCUUCCUUUUAUUCAAAAAAACAUUUAUUGUCAUCAGCGUGGACGAAGAAAAGGAAAGCAGUACCGACUUGGUGAUCUUUAUAUUGGUGCAAACUUGACAUUUUUGAGCUCUGAUCAUCCCAGACUUCCAGAAAGUGUAAAAGAAAACACAGUGCUUACACUUCGAAUCACAGAUAUUGACUGGAGAGCUUUGGAUUCUCUCAAAACUGAUUCUGUGGAACAUGAUGAUGUAACCAAUGAAGAAGCUAAUGAUAGGAUGAUUUUCAAGGCAAUUCAAGACAUGCUGAAAGAACAACUACAUAAAAGAGGUGUUCGUAUUUUGACUGGAUUGGGAAAAUACCUUCAACAACUGGACAAAGAAGGAAAUGGACUUUUAGAUAAGGCAGAUUUUAAGCAAGCUCUAAAAUUAUUUUGCUUAGAAGUGUCUGAAAAUGAUUUUGAGUCUUUGUGGCUAACUCUAAAUAGCAGUGGCAUUGGCAACGGCAGGGCUGAUUACGGAGAAUUCAAACGUGCCAUAAUCGGUGAAAUGAAUGAAUAUAGGAAGUCAUUUGUUCGAAAGGCCUUUAUGAAAUUGGAUUUUAACAAAACAGGCAGUGUGUCCAUUAUAGACAUAAGAAAAUGUUAUUGUGCAAAGAAGCAUCCUCAAGUAAUUUCAGGACACUUCACAGAGGAAGAAAUCAAAUCAUCUUUUCUAGAGACAUUAAAAGACGCCUGCAACAAGUCUGAUGAGGUGUCAUAUGGUGAAUUUGAAGAUUACUAUGAAGGUCUAAGUAUAGGGAUAGUAGAUGAUGAAGAUUUUGUUAAUAUCAUACGUACUCCAUGGGGGAUUUAG